AUGUCACCAGCCCCAUCAAUACGCACAUCACCACCAUCUGGCAAAGAUCCACCGCGACCGCAGCCAGCCACUGAACCAUCCUCUGCUGUUUCGAGUCCACCACUCCCACCGGCAAGGAUAUCUUCUUUGCAGACGAAAGAUGAUAGACAUAGAGAUAACGAUGAGGAUACGGAUGUACGAACAAUGCCUCCACCUCCAGCACCAUCUCAUUCCCGUCCAUCGAUCCCUCAAACGACCUCCUCGUCGAGCAUCCCUCACGCGAAUACAUCCGCAUCCUCCUCUCAUAACCUGCCACCUUCCAGUUCUGACCACCAAUCGCGACUACCACCCCUGCAAAGACAAAAUAUGAAUCUCUCACAACUAGAAACCAGCUCUAGGGGCCAAAUCCCCCCGCAAACCCCCGGCCCACCCGGUUUUGCGCCCUUCUUCGUUCUAGUCGAUGAUCCGGCCAAUAAAAGCACGUAUCAUCCGCACCGUGUGCAUUAUUUGUUUAGUGAUGACGAGGAUACCGAGGUUUUGACGAGCGCUUUGGUUAGGUCUUUGGAAGGGCCCGGUGGUAGGAACGAUGAAGCAAAUGGGAAUGGGCCGGGAGAGCGACGUGGCGAGGAGGAGGAUGCCUCUUCAUCGGAGGAAACUUCAUCUUCUGGAGUUCGACACAGUCAUAAAAGGAAGAAGGGGCGGGAAAAGGAUAAAAUGAGGGAAGCGAGACGAGGAAGGCAAAAGGAGCGAGAGGAAAGGGUCCUUAUAGUCGACAUAAACGAAAAGGGUGAUGCUAUCACGUCAGUAAACUCCCUCUGCCAGCGCUGGCAGGUCUUGAACGCUUCGAUUGAAUCGGCUCCUACGUUUGAUGCUCAGGAUGACCAUGGUGGGGCGGGGGAUACGAAUAGGGGGUUGAUGUUGAGGAUUGAAGGAUUAGGCGUGGAGAGUUUGAGUUACGAAGAUGAGAAGGGGAAGGGGGGUGGAAUAGGGAGUGGGAUGCCUUUAGGUGACGAGGAAAUGAGGGAGCUGUUGGAGGGUUUCGAUAAGAAGAUGGAAGUUCUGAGGAAGCUGGUUGGAGAAAACGCGAUUGAGGGGUUGGGUGUGGGGACGGGGCAUGUGGAUGGAGAGGGCGAAGGAAGGGGUGCGAAUGGAUAG